AUGCCUUCCUCUUCAAAAGGUAAACGCUCUAAACGCAAAAAUAGCAAAAGAGAAGUAGGACUUACACCAGAACAAGAAGAGGAAAUUCGGGAAGCCUUUGAUUUAUUUGACACAGAAGGUUCGGGCACCAUUGAUAUCAAAGAUUUUAAAGUUGCCAUUCGCGCCCUUGGAUUCGAACCUAAAAAGGAAGAA